AUGGCCAAGUGUGGAUCUCUUAUGUUUUAUCAUUUGUUGAUCUCCAUUUUCAUGCUCUCCAUGAUCUUAAUGUGCAAAGCCAUUGAAAAUGGUGACAGAAAGGAAUAUAUUGUGUACAUGGGGUCACUCCCUGAUGAUGUGAUGUACUCGCCAACAGCUAACCAAAUAAGUCUACUACAAGGUGUUCUUCAGGGCAGUAGUGUGGAAAAGUCUUUAACUAGAAGUUACAGAAGGAGUUUCAAUGGCUUCGCAGCCAAACUCACGGAUACUGAAAGACAAAGGCUUGCUGAGAUGAAGGGAGUCGUUUCUGUAUUCCCUAGUAAAAUUCUUAAACUUCAAACAACAAGAUCUUGGGACUUCAUUGGUCUCAACAACAAAGCCAAAAGAAAUGCCACCGCCGAGAGUGAUGUUAUAAUCGGUGUUCUAGACACUGGAGUUUGGCCUGAAUCAGAUAGCUUUAACGACGAAGGUUUUGGUCCUCCUCCAGAGAGGUGGAAAGGAGUCUGCAAUGGUGGUGCCAAUUUCACAUGCAACAACAAAAUCAUUGGAGCACGUAGUUACGAAUCAUCAGCAGUAGGCGAUAGAAGUGUGAGGGAUACAGAAGGACAUGGAACCCAUACAGCCUCUACGGCAGCUGGAAAUGCUGUAAACGAUGCUAGCUUCUUUGGAAUAGCAGAAGGCACAGCGAAAGGAGCAGUUCCUUCUGCAAGAAUUGCUGUUUAUAAAGUAUGCAGUGAAGAAGGUUGCAGUACAGCAGGUAUCUUGUCUGGUUUUGACGAUGCUAUUGCUGAUGGUGUUGACAUCAUCACAAUCUCAAUUGGGGGUGAAGGUUCAGUUGAUUAUGAUGAAGAUAGUAUAGCAAUUGGUGCUUUUCAUGGAUUGAAGAAAGGAGUCUUGACCGUACAGUCUGCUGGCAACUCUGGUCCUGCGGCUCGCACUGUAACAAGUGUAGCGCCAUGGGUGGUGUCUGUAGCAGCAAGCAGCACAGAUAGAAGAAUUGUAUCCAAAGUUGUUCUUGGAAAUGGAGAUACUCUGCUUGGUAAUACAGUUAAUGGUUUCUCAUUGAAUGGUACAAGCUUGCCUCUAGUAUAUGGAGCACAAACUUCAAAUGGUGAUUGCCCUAAAAAUGAGGCCAGGUUAUGUUCCACAUUCUGCCUAAACCCGACUGCAGUAAGGGGAAAGAUUUUGUUAUGUGAUCGAAAACCAGAUGGCGAUUUGGCUGGUGCAGCUGGUGUAAUAUACUCAAAAACAUCAGCGGUUGAUACUCCUUUCGUUGAACCAUAUCCUUCAUCAGGUUUAACCUCCAAAGACUUUACUGCUGUCCAGGCCUACCACGAUUCAACAACGAAUCCUGAGGCAGAAAUAUUGAAAAGUGAUAGCGUAAUAGAUUCCGCAGCACCUAAAGUUGCUUCCUUCUCUUCACGGGGGCCAAAUGAUAUUACGCCGGAUAUUUUGAAGCCUGAUAUAUCAGCCCCAGGGAUAGAUAUCUUGGCUGCAUAUUCACCAGCAAGUUCACCUUCUUCUUCCCCUGAUGACGCGAGGAGGGUAAAUUACAAUAUAGUUUCUGGAACCUCCAUGGCUUGCCCCCAUGUUGCUGGAGCAGCUGCAUACGUUAAAACAUUUCACCCUAAUUGGUCUCCUUCCGCCAUAAAAUCAGCUCUUAUGACAACUGCUUCGGUCAUGAACGGCACUAAAAGUUCUGACAGCGAAUUUGGUUAUGGAGCUGGACAAGUUAAUCCUGUGGAAGCCUUAGAUCCUGGACUUGUGUAUGAAAGUUCUGAAGCUGACUACAUAAAUUUUCUAUGUGGCAUUGGCUAUACUGAGGAGAGGAUAAGGCUUAUAUCUGGUGAUUCUAACAGUACUUGCCCGGAAGCCACUACUGAGCCCAAGGAUCUGAAUUAUCCUUCUCUUGCCUUUACAACUAGUGGGUCAUUUACGGUUGAGUUUCAUAGAAGAGUGAAGAAUGUUGGCCUUGCAAACUCCACUUACGAAGUCAAAGUUACCGGACGUUCAGAACUAGAUAUUCAAGUGGCGCCUGAAGUUCUUUCCUUCAAAUCCCAGAACGAGGAGAAGACCUUUAGUGUGACUGUUAAAGGAUCUGUGGCAGAUGGAACUACGCUGUCUUCAUCAAUCACUUGGUCUGAUGGUACUCAUAGUGUCAGAAGUCCUAUUGUCAUUUUUAAUUAA